GUGAAUUCUUGAUUAUGAGGAGGCAUGGAAAUGAGAUGGUUGAACUUUAGGCGGUGAGAAUAAGUAGGGCAGAAUGGACUUGGUUGGAGCUUUAUUAGAAUUUCUGAUAAUCAUUUGCGACAUGAGAAUCGAAUAUUUUUGCAUAUGACCCAAGGGCUUGUUUCUUUGAUCGGCAGUCAUGCGAUGAUACAUUCAUAUCCAGAAUGGAGUUUCCUUCCAAGUCUUUGACACAACUUACCGGGUCCAAUGGUGUGUACAACAUUUCAUAUUCCAAGUUUUGCAAGACUGAUAUAAUACCAAAGGGCCUGUCCACGCAUUAACCUACUCAUCUUCUCCCUCGACCUACAUCCUAACAGGCUCCGCUGACCGCAAUAUUCGACUAUAUAAUCCUUCGCGACCCGCAGCUUCCUCUCAGCCUACUGCUCCCCAUCAACCUCCUAAAACUACCCAAUUGAUUCAAACGUAUUCUGCGCAUGGUUAUGAGGUACUGUCCAUAGCAGUCGCGUCUACAAAUGCUACAUUUGCUUCCUGUGGUGGGGAUCGCAGUGUGUUUCUUUGGGAUGUACAGACUGCAAAGACGAUCAGGAAAUUCGGUGGGAAUAAUGGGCAUACAGCUCGGGUUAAUAGUGUAGUAUUUGCAGGAAGCGAGGAGAGUUUAUUGAUCAGUGGUGGGUUUGAUAGAAGUGUGAGGAUUUGGGAUAUUCGAGCGGGCAACAUGAAACCGGUCAUGAUCAUGGAAGAUGCCAGGGAUAGUGUCAGCGCUGUUUUGGCAGGGAAAGGUGGAGAUGAGGGGUUUGGGGGUGGGGAGUGGGAGAUUGUUAGUGGGAGUGUGGAUGGGAGGGUAAGGUGGUACGAUAUUAGGGUGGGGACUUUAGAGACGGAUGUAAUUGGCGCGAGUGUAACGAGCUUGAUGAGAACAAGGGAUGGUAGAGGUGUCCUGGUGGGAAGUCUGGAUGGGUGUGUUAGGCUAAUGGAUAGGGAGGGUGGGGCAUGCUUGAAAACUUAUAAAGAUGAGGGAUUUAAGAAUCAGGAGUACAGAAUCAGAAGUUGCUUCGGUGGCAACGAGAAGUGGGUGCUAUCAGGAAAUGAGAAUAUGAAGGGACCAGAUGGAGAAGUCGUAGUUUGGGAAACAUUGACUGGAAAUGUUUUGCACAGGGUUAGGGUUGAGGGUUCGGCAGCCGAGGGAAAGAAAAAGAUUGGUCGAGACGGAAAGGAGAAGGAAAGGACGAACGUUAUCAGUGCCGUCGCCUGGAAGGAAAAUGGUAGAGGAGAUCAAUGGUGCUGUGCUGGUACCGACGGGGUGGUCACUGUUUUUGGACCUCCAUAAGUUCAACACCCUCCAAUCAGAUCCCAUGCUCUUUUACAGUUAGCAGUAUGGAAUCAAUCGAGAGCACUCGUCAAAACGUUUCCCCACAACAUGGACUUUGAAAUGAAGUCGCCUGCCAAGCUCGAUGCAUUCUUUCUACCAGAGGAAAAAUGCCUCAAUCUCUCCGCACGGCGAAUCACUUGUUCGGAAAAGCGUAAGUCGACUAUGCCCCGUUUCCGGUUCGGUGACUUGCCAGAAGGAGUUGACCUCUUACGUUAUCAGCAAAAGGCAUGGCCCCAGUUUAAUUGACAACGAAGCGCUAGCAAAUUGUAAGGCUAUCAUAUACAACACAUUGGAUGUGACAUUUCGCUCCAAAACCAACAUCCUCCGAUGUAUGCAAAAACGAUAGUCACGCAGAAAAUGCUUUAGUGCGUAUCAUCCGAAGCAUCCGAUAAGCGUCUGCGGGGAACGUCAUUUUGACAACGACAACACAUCUUAGAUCUGCUCGAAUAAAGCAGCUACCUAGUACAUAUUCACGAUAAUUUCAUAUAGAUAGAUACCCAUUCAGCAAUAGCAUUUCAUAGAACA